AUGGGAAGCGAUAUGGAGGGAGAUGAUGAAGAAGAAGAAUCGGCGGGCGAAAUCUUGCGGGAUCGAUUCCGACUCAGCACAAUCUCCAUUGCCGAAGCCGAAGGGAAGAAAAAUGGAAUGCAAAUUUCUGAACCUAUUGUGGCCUGCGUCUCGGAUUUGGCCUUCAAAUAUGCCCAGCAAUUAGCAAAGGACCUUGAGUUAUUCGCUCAGCAUGCUGGUCGCAAGUCUGUGAAUAUGGAAGAUGUCAUACUUUCUGCACAUCGUAAUGAUCAUCUGGCUGCCUCAAUAAGGUCUGUAUCAAAUGAUCUAAAAGCAAAGGAACCCCAGUCUGAGAGAAAAAGGAGGAAGAAUACGAGAAAGGAAGAUAAGUCUAAUGCAGAUAGCAAAGGAAACUGUUCAGAAGAAGAAUUUGAGAAAGAAAUUCCGAAAGUUAAUUUUAUUCAUUAUCCUUUAGUCUUCAUUGUUACCUUGAUAUUUCCGCUUCAUCAUCGUGUUUCCCGGAGAGGGCAACGAGAUGGUACGAUGCAGGGUUAA